AUGAAGGUUGAAGGUGCAGGAGCAGUACAAGAUUUUCGAAUAUUGGAAUUAGUGAAGUUGAAGUCGAACGAUCUGAACGGCUGGUGCUGUGAUAGUGUUUCAGUACAACAUAUCACCGAUACUGGUGAAGGUCACCAAUUUGCGUGCAGUAUUAGCAAUCGGAUAAAAGCGUUUAUACUAUCCAGGUCGCUUGUCUCAUUCAAAGCAUUUAAAAACAUAUCUGAAAUACCUGAAUUGAAAUCUAAUACUGUAAAUGACAACGCGCAACUGCUCACAGUGCUUCAAGUGAGCUCUGCAAGGUAA